UAAGGGAGGAAAGUUUGAUAAGUUUGCUUCAGUUUCCCCAUAGUCGCUUUACUUGGGAUUUUGUGCCUGACCUCCAGAAGUGACGGAGAAAGUCCCAACAGGGCUCUCCACUCUUUACUUGUCUCCAGCUAGAACUCCCUCAAGAUGGGUGACUGGAGUGCUCUGGGAAGGCUCCUUGACAAGGUGCAGGCCUACUCCACUGCCGGAGGGAAGAUCUGGCUCUCUGUACUCUUCAUCUUCCGGAUCCUGGUUCUGGGAACUGCAGUGGAGUCAGCUUGGGGGGAUGAGCAGUCGGCUUUCAAGUGCAACACCCAGCAGCCUGGUUGCGAGAAUGUCUGCUAUGACAAAUCGUUCCCCAUUUCACACGUGCGUUUCUGGGUGCUGCAGAUCAUCUUCGUGUCUACCCCUACGCUUCUGUACCUAGCACAUGUGUUUUACCUGAUGCGCAAAGAGGUGAAGCUGAACCGCAGAGAGGAGGAGCUGAAGGUGGUACAGAAUGACGGAGGUGAUGUGGAUCUCCAUCUGAAGAAGAUCGAGCUCAAGAAGCUCAAGUAUGGCCUGCAGGAACAUGGCAAGGUGAAGAUGAAGGGUGCUCUCCUGCGCACCUACAUCGUGAGCAUCCUUUUCAAGUCGAUCUUUGAGGUGGUCUUCCUGAUGAUCCAGUGGUACAUAUACGGCUUCAGCCUGUCGGCCGUGUACACUUGCGAGCGCUCGCCUUGCCCCCAUCAAGUGGACUGUUUCCUUUCUAGGCCUACGGAGAAGACUGUCUUUAUUAUCUUCAUGCUGGUGGUUUCUGUGGUCUCACUUGUGCUCAACGUUAUCGAGCUAUUCUACGUGUCAUUCAAACGGAUCAAGGACCGCUUGAAAGGUAGACAAAACGAGUUCCAAACCGGCACCUUGAGCCCUACACCUAAGGAACUGUCCCCCACAAAAUACGCAUACUACAAUGGUUGCUCCUCACCGACCGCGCCACUUUCGCCAAUGUCACCGCCUGGCUACAAGCUAGCCACCGGCGAGCGGACCAACUCUUGUCGCAAUUACAACAAGCAGGCCAAUGAGCAAAACUGGGCCAACUACAGUACCGAGCAAAAUCGUCUUGGCCAGAACGGCAGCACCAUCUCCAAUUCACAUGCUCAAGCCUUUGAGUACCCCGAUGAUACGCACGAGCACAAGAAACUAACGGCAGGCCCCGAGUUGCAGCCAUUAGCUUUGAUAGAUGCACGGCCAUGCAGUCGGGCCAGCAGCCGCAUGAGCAGUCGACCGAGGCCCGACGACCUGGAUGUCUAGCUGUGCGACUUGGUGCAACGUCAUGAUGCUAGAGGACUGAUGCAGGAAGUGAGACAGGCUAAUUUCCUGUACCGAGGGGGCGGGGCUACUUCUGCACAAGUUCCUCUCUAGACUCUAGUCGAUACAGAGACAUAAAAUUACUCACACUGCUGGAGGUACUAUUGAUUAAUAAUGAUGUUAAAACUAGCAGAGCUAACAUGCCCUAACAACUGAACUGUCGAAGCCAAGGGCACAAGGGCAAACCUGUCAAACUGUUAAUUCAACCCACCAGAAUAUGCCUUGAUUGAUUUUUAAAAAUGCCACACAAUGAUUCCAUUUUAACAUGUUGCACUCCUAUUUGUAGAAUUGCAUUCUAACUCCCACAUCACACUUUUAAUUGGAUCUCAGUCAGAUGUCUCAUUUGUUUGACCUCAAAUCCAUGUUGUCCAACAGGCUCCUAGUGUUAAUGAAUUAAUAUUUAUUUAUUCAUAAAGACUAACAGGAUAUCCACCACUAGAAAAAGACUCAAGGUUAUGUCUACAUAAUUAAUACCAUCCAAUCACAUAUUUAUUGACAAUAAUCCAGAUUUCAGCAAUACAUUAAGAGGAUUUUAUUAAUCACAGUGUGACUGUCAGUUUCCUUAUAAACUUUGAAUUUAUGUGGUGUCAGUUUAUUGUUAUUUGAUGAUAUUUUGUUGUUUUGGGUGGUGGUAUGAUAUGGAAGUGUCUAUAUGUGGACUAAGCUGCUUUACCAACAGUCACACAGCUUGAGUCCUUAUUUUUUAUUUUUGAAGAAAUUGUGCUCUAAAAAGUCUCUGAGAGAAAGGCUUUAUUUUUGUUCUCUUUUAAAAUGCCAUUUUUAUUUUCAUCUUUUGAUUUUUGGAAUGAGAGAGGAUAGGGGAUGGAAUGAGUUAGGAUUCAAUUAGAAUAAUAGAAUUAAUGUUUUUUGUUCUUACCUUGGAGUGAAUGAAUUUUUUUUAACUCAAUGUAAUCAUUGCUGCUUGAGAGAUAGAGAUUUAGUACUGUAAAUCAAGCUAACUAUGUCACAAAUGUGAGUUUUUAGAAGACUGCUUGUUAGAGCUGGACUAAUAUUUAGUCAGUUAUUUUAAGAGAUAUAUGCCAGCGUAGCUCCACAACUACCAAACACUAGUAGAUAAAAUUUCAUUAUGGACAUUCUUUUGUUUUGAUUUUCAAAUUUUGCAUCAUAGUAUAUUGGUACUCAUUCGCAGAGUCUCAUGGAUAUUUCAGCUACAAUGGUGUUUGCACUGAGAUUUUGGCUAGGGUGUUAUUUGAUGCAAAAAUGACAAAAAGUUCUCUGUUAUGCAUGUAACUAAUUUAUUUUACAACACACUACAAGGUGUAAAAUCACUACACUUUAACAGUGCUCUCGCAGAAACCUUGGUUUUUGGACGUUGAGUAGCUAUUUUUGCAUCUGGUAAAUCAAAAAAGGGGGUUUAAUUGGAAAGAAAGUUAAUGCCAUUCCAUGGGAAUCCACUGUUGUACAGUGCGCAUGACAGUGGAAAAACCAAGCAAUGAAACAAAAAAGGACAUUAUUCAAAUCUGUGAAAAAGCAAUUUAACCAAUAAAGAUUUUUUUCU